CAACUCUUUUGAGUUUUGUGCACUGUUACAUUAAUCGCAAUUAUACUAAUCUGAAUCUCACACAUCAACCCACUGGAAUCGUUAACUCAUCUCUCUCUUGUUCUGGGCUUCUAUUCUGAUUUCUACCAUUUGUUGCUGAAACAUUCCUUCCAUCUCCGAUAUUAGAAAACCUUUCGAUCCAAGUUCCAAUUCCAAGCAAGAAACAAUGGCUGACGCUGCUAUCAGUGCUACUGUUAAGGUCGUCUUGGGGACAGUCAUUUCCAUUGCCGCGGACCGUGUUGGUAUGGUUCUCGGGGUCAAAGCGGAGUUGGAGAGACUAGGCAAAACUACUGCAACGAUCCAAGGUUUCCUGGCUGAUGCUGACGAGAAAAUGCAUAGCCAAGGGGUGCGAGGUUGGCUCAAGGAGCUAGAGGAUGAGGUUUUUAAAGCUGAUACCGUGCUAGACGAGCUCAACUACGACAAUCUUCGUCGGGAGGUGAAGUACCGAAAUCAACCAAUGAAGAAGAAGGUAUGCUUCUUCUUCUCCUUCUUUAAUGCAAUUGGCUUUAGUUCCAGCUUAGCUUCAAAGAUCCGGGACAUCAACACCAACCUAGAAAGGAUCAACCAGCGAGCCAAUGAGUUGGGAUUGGUCAUUAAGUACCAAAUUGAAGCUGCACUCCCUGCUGAUGCCGUUGGUGCCAGACAGACCGACUCUAUUGUCAUUCCGAACGUUGUAGGAAGAUCCGGCGACGAGUCAAAGAUUGUGGACAUGUUAUCGAGCCCAUCUGAAAAGGUUCUUUCUGUUAUUCCCAUAACAGGCUCGGGAGGUUUGGGAAAGACAACUCUGGCGAAAUCAGUCUACAAUAAUCCAAAAAUAGAUGGGCACUUUGGCCAAAAAAUUUGGGUUUGUGUGGCUAAAGAACACAUUAAGAUAAUGGAGCUGUUCAAGCUCAUUUUAGUACAAUUGACACAAGACGAAGUUAAAGUGGAUGACAGAGAGGUUAUCGUUAAAAAAAUUGGAGAAAAGCUCAAGGGACAAAGAUAUUUCCUUGUUCUUGAUGAUGUGUGGGAUCAUGAUCAAGGAUUGUGGGAUGACUGUUUCAACACUUUGAUGGGACUCAACGAAACCAAAGGAAGCUGGUGUCUUCUCACCACUCGUCGGGUACCAGUGGCUGAUGUUGUAUCUACACAUUUGAAGAUGAAUAGCGGUCCUUAUUUCUUAGGAAAGCUAUCACGUGAUGAGUGCUGGUCCAUCAUAAAAGGAAAGGUGAUGAGUGCAGGGGAAGAAGUACCAGAAGAAUUGGAAGCAUUGAAGAAGCAAAUUUUAGGGAGAUGCGAUGGCCUACCCUUGGCGGCAAGUUUGAUUGGUGGCUUGUUGCUUAACAACAGAAGAGAGAAGUGGCACUCCAUUGUGCAGGAGAGUCUUUUGAAUGAAUGUCCAAGCGAGAUUGAGCAAAUACUUAAGGUGAGUUUUGAUCAUUUGUCACCUGCAUCAGUUAAAAAAUGUUUUGCAUAUUGUUCAAUUUUCCCCCAGGAUUCAGAAUUGAAACAAGAUCUAUUAAUUGAGCUUUGGAUGGCGGAAGGUUUUGUUCAACCAGAUCGCCAAAACCAAAGAUUGAUGGAGGAAAUAGGGGGUGAUUAUUUGAGGAUUUUGUUACAUAAUUCCUUAUUGGAAAAAGUAGAGGGGUGGCAGGGAACAUACUAUAAAAUGCACGAUCUCGUGCAUGAUUUUGCAAAAUCAAUUCUCAAUCCAGAAAGCAGCAAUCAGGAUCGCUACCUUGCAUUGAACUCUUCUGAAGGUUUGGCAGAAAAUACCACAAGGACAAUACCAGCAUCAAUUCGCACAUUAUUUCUCCAUCUAGAGGGUGGCGUAUCUACUGACAUGCUUUUAAGAUUCAAGUGCUUGCAUGUUCUCAGAUUGUCCGGCGAUGAUGUCAAGUUUCUACCGAGCUCCAUUGGCAAACUACUACAUUUGCGGUUGCUCGACAUUUCAUGUUCUCUAAUCACAAGUUUGCCGGAAACUCUUUCCAAGCUAUAUAAUAUGCAGACACUAACGAUGAGAGAUCAUGCAUUUGGAGGAGGUUUUCCAAAACAGAUGAGUGAUUUGAUCAGCUUGCGGCAUCUAAACUACUACCAUGGUUAUGCGGAAUUUGAAAUGCCGGUGCAGAUGGGACGAUUGACUUGUCUUCAAACUCUGGAGUUUUUUAAUGUAAGUCAAGAGAGGGGUCGUGGUAUCGAAGAGCUUGGGACCUUGAAAUAUCUGAAAGGAUCGUUGGAGAUAAGAAAUCUUGGACUAGUGAAGGGCAAAGAAGCAGCUAGACAAGCAAAAUUGUUCGAAAAGCCAGAUCUGUCUCGCUUGGCAUUUGAAUGGAAUAGGAGGGAUCUGAAAAGUGAUAACCAUGAUGAGGAUGUGUUGGAAGGUCUCCAACCUCACCCAAAUUUGGAAAAGCUGAGGAUUUAUUGUUUUAUGGGUAAUAAAUUUCCGCAAUGGUUUAUGAAUUUGUCAAAAUUGGAGACAUUACAGAUAGAAGACUGCAAGAGAUGCAGUGAACUCCCCUCAUUAGGGCAACUGCCAUCCCUCAAAAGUCUCUAUUUGAGAAGCUUGGACAACAUUCGAUUUAUUGGAGAUGAAUUCUACGGUAUUACUGCUAAUGAGGAGGAGGAGGAGGAGGGCAGAUCACGAGCAUCAGGGAGCAGCACUAGAAGACGAAAAUUCUUUGCUGCCCUUGAAGAACUCAAAGUAGAAGAUAUGGAGAAUUUGGUAGAGUGGAAGGAUGCAGACCAAGUGAGGUCAACAGUAGGUGAAGCAGAAGCAGAUGUCUUUCCCAUGCUGAGGAAAUUGAGCAUUCAAUAUUGCCCACAACUGACCACUCUUCCAUGCUCGUGUAAAAGUCUACACGUGGAGAGUUGCGAUAAUCUAACAAGUAUAAAAAUGGGUUACGGCGCUGCUUCUGUUGAGGAGUGGUGGAUCGACUCUUGCGACAAUCUUAGGGAGCUGCCAGAUCUGGAUCUGUUUGGAUCGAGUUUGCAGCGAUUGACCAUCGCAAGUUGCCCAAGAUUAAUUAGUCUAGGAGUAAAUGGACAGAAAUGCCCCCUACCAUGCCUUGAGAAAUUGAGAAUUAAUAAUUGCGAAGGGUUGACCACUAUAUCCGACAAAAUGUUCGAGUCAUGCCCGUCUCUGCGGUCCCUGUGGGUGAUGAGGUGCCCCAAUUUGUUCUCGUUUUCGCUUAAUUUGCAGGAGAUGUCUUCUCUCGAGGAAUUCAUCUUAGUCGAAUGUCCCAAAUUGAUCCCUCAUAGGUUCAAUGGAUUUGCUUUUGCCACCAGCUUAAGAGAAUUGAGGAUUGGUCCCUUCUCCUCAGAUGACUCCUCAAUCGAUGAUUUUGAUUGGUCCGCAUCAACACUUCGUGAGCUUGAAUUACGAGGGUUGCCUCACUCGGAUUCCCUGCCACACCAGCUUCAAUACUUGACUACCCUCACUUCACUAAGGCUGGAGAACUUUGGAGGAAUAGAGGUGCUACCUGAUUGGAUUGGAAACCUUGUGUCCCUUGAAACCCUAUCGCUAUGGUCUUGCCAAAAGCUUCAGUCUUUACCACCCGAGGCCGCCAUGAGACGACUCACAAAGUUAACUCGUGUCGACGUCUUUGAUUGUCCUCUAUUAAGACAAUGAUACACUCCCCAAAGAGGCAUCUACUUGGAGGAGGAGAUUUCAAGUGAUCCGGUGAGAUUUUCCUAUCUAAAGUUCACACUCAUAUAUAUGUAUACAAAUUUUUUGUUUCUGCAUCUCAUUGACAUAUAUUUGCUCUUCAGUCUCUUGUACUCUUUUUCUCCAUCUCUUUUCCCCAAAGUUAUUCUCCGUAAUUAAUUCUCUUCUUUUGGGC